AUGCAAUUCAAGAUUGUCUUCGAAGAGGCGUUUGCGUUGCCCACAUCAUUGUUUAAUAACAGCCCGAUUGGUUUCACUCGUGCCAAUGCAUCCCCUGAAGAAGACCUGAACACCAACCUUCUCGAUAUUCAUGGCCAUCGACUGCGUCAGAUGGACGAGAACGGCGUGGAGCUCAUGAUUCUUUCUUUGAAUGCACCCGGAUGUCAAGCAGUCGCUGACCCGGCUGCAGCUGCAGCAAUGGCUACGAGUGCGAAUGAUUAUCUCGAGGAGCAGGUUCUAAAGAACCCGUCACGCUUUGCGGCUUUCGCCGCCUUGAGCAUGCACAAUCCUAUACAAGCUGCUGACGAGCUGAGGAGAUGUAUGACAGGCAAGAAAGGUUUCGUUGGAGCACUACUGAACGACUUUCAGAGCAGCGGACCUGACGGCAAUACCAUGUUGUUUUACGACGAUUCACGGUAUGACGACUUCUGGAAAGUGGCCGCUGAACUGAAAGCCCCUGUCUAUAUUCAUCCUAGAACACCGACCCCGUUGAUUGACGCGCAAAUGUGGAAGGAGCGGCCAUGGCUCAACCUCAGCGUUCUGGGAUUUGCAAACAGAGUCAACAUGCAUUUACUGGCUAUCAUUACUGCCGGCGCUCUUGACCGAUUUCCUGAUCUCAAGUUGGUGAUUGGUCAUAUGGGAGAACAUAUUCCCUUCGAAAUGUAUCGCAUUGAUCACAAACUAGAUCGCGAGAGAUUCCCUACCAUGAAGAUGAGAAAGGAUAAGCUGGUACGGGAUUAUUUCGGAGAUCAAGUCUUCAUUACCACCAGUGGCCAUUUCAGCACGCCUGCUUUGACUUGUUCCAUCACGGAAGUCGGUGCAAGGAGUAUCCUGUUCAGCAUGGACUACCCCUUUGAGAGCAUCCCGAAUGCAUGCAAGUGGUUCGACGAGAUUCAAAUGAAUCAGCAUGACCUCGUAGAUAUUGGCAGAAACAAUGCUUUAAGACUGUUUCCCAAGUUGGCGGGAGAGCCACACAAUUUGAGAGAAGAGAGCGCUUGGGAAUGCCAGGUUGGCGGCUUGAGAAAUGGAGAUACGAUCUAUGGCCUGUAUAACAAAAGCUUCAAUCAACGACUCUCGUAA